AUGUGUUUGAGAACAAUCCAACCAUCACAGGAGAAAGUGAAGAUGCCGGCGUCGGACGAGAAGAGACCGUCGGUUCCGUCGAAUCGUAUCACCGUCAAAGUCAGUAAUCAGAAAGAGAAGUGUGUGAUCUUCCGGAUUAAGAGGGACGUUAAGCUCCGUAGGAUGAUGGAAGCAUUUUCCGACAAACUUGGAAUAAAAAUGUCUACUCUGAGGUGUCACUUUGAUGGAAAGAGGAUCAAACCCAAUCAAACUCUCCUCCAAUGA